ACGAAAAGAGACAAGAGAGACAAGAGAGAGACAAAAUGUAGUACCAUCAGCAGAACCAUUGAGCAAUAACAACAUAAGAACUAGAAAAUAAAUGAGAAAUAAUAACAAAAACCAGUGAAUAAAGCCCGAUACUAUGAAAAACGAAAGAAUAGUGUGGACACAACAAUAAUCGUAGCAGCCUAGGACCCAACCUUAUCAGACCAGCCUCCCCCACGGAUGAACCUUAUCAGCUACCUCCUAUCCUAACAUCCUAAUGCUCGACCUCCGCACCUUCCUAUCAGGGGCCAUGUCCUUGGAAAUCUGAAGCCACGUCAUGUCCCGCUUGAUCACUUCUCCCCAAUACUUCUUAGGCCGCCCUCUCCCUCUUCUCGAACCCGCCAAGGCCAACCGCUCACACCUCCUGAUCGGGGCAUCCGGGCUUCUCCUUCGCAUGUGCUCGAACCAUCUUCAGUUGUAAUAAUCCUCAGUUGUUUGGUUAGUAGAAUUUUUUUUUGGUCACAAGUUUCACCUGGUCAAAUGGGCCAAAGUAACUCAACCAAAGGACCUCGGUGGACUUGGAAUAAAAGACUUGGCAAAACACAACAAGAGCAUGCUAAUGAAAUGGCUUGGGAGAUUCGGGGAGGAAGAUACCAGCCUAUGGAAGAAGGGAAGAAGGUGGUGACUGCUAAGCAUGGACUACAAAGCCACUGGUAUACUAAAUUCAGCAGGUCUCCUCAUGGUGUUGGCCCAUGGAAAUACAUCAGUAGCCUUUGGGAGGAUGUAGAGGAUUUUUCACAGAAUAUUUCAUUCAAGGUGGGUAAUGGGUUACAUGUUAGAUUCUGGAAAGAUAUCUGGUUGGACAGUCGCCCACUAGAAGAUAGCUUUCCACUACUGUUUCAGAUUGCUAGUAAUCCCAACUCUACAAUAAGUUAAUUCAGAUCAGGAAACUCAUGGGUCCUACUUUUCAGAAGGAAUAUGCAUGACUGGGAGUUACGUAGUUUGUUUACAUUGCGACUGGGAACCUUCACUAUGAAUGAACAGAUCCCUGACAGAAUCAGAUGGGUUGGUUGUGACUCAAGUCCAUAUUCAGUGAAGAUGGGCUACAGACUCAUAUGUGAGCAUAAUGGAAACAUUGACUCGUAGCCUUGGAAGCUCAUCUGGAAGACAAAGCUUCCAACAAAGGUUAUCUGCUUUACUUGGACUACACUUAAAGAAGCCUGCCUAACUCAAGACAAUCUCUGCAAAAGGGGCUUUCAGCUGGUAAAUAGAUGCUACCUAUGUCAGCAAAGUUCUGAGUCAAUCAACCACCUAUUCUUACAUUGUCCAGUGGCAACAUAUAUGUGGUAUAUGUUUCUUUCUAUCCUGGGAAUAAGCUGGACACAACCACAGGGAAUCAGGGAAGUAGUGGAAGGUUGGAGCAGCUGGAAAGUUGAAAGGGCAUCAAGAAAGUCUGGAAGAUGAUCCCAGCAUGCAUUCUUUGGUGCCUUUGGCAAGAAAGGAAUUGCAGAUGCUUUGAUGGCAUUUCAACUUCUAUACAUGCUCUCAAAGGCAAAUGCCUUGUGCAACUAUUUAGUUGGAGUUUUCUAACACCUGUAAAUAAUGUGAACAUAAUUGACACACCAGGUCAUGUUGAUUUCACGAUUGAGGUGGAAAGAGCCUUGCGUGUUCUUGAUGGAGCCAUUCUUGUCCUUUGUAGUGUUGGUGGUGUCCAAAGUCAGUCUAUCACUGUAGAUAGGCAAAUGAGAAGAUAUGAAGUUCCAAGACUUGCUUUUAUUAAUAAACUUGAUCGGAUGGGGGCGGACCCAUGGAAAGUUCUUAACCAGGCAAGAUCAAAGCUUCGGCACCAUAGCGCUGCUGUGCAAGUUCCAAUUGGGUUGGAAGAUGACUUCAAGGGUCUUAUUGAUCUCGUGCAGUCGAAAGCUUACUAUUUCCAUGGUUCCAGUGGUGAGAAGAUUGUCACAGAAGAUAUUCCUGCUAAUAUGGAAGCAAUUGCUUCUGAGAAGCGGCGAGAGCUAAUUGAAGCAGUUUCUGAGGUUGAUGAUAAGCUUGCUGAAGCAUUUCUGAAUGAUGAGCCUAUAUCAUCUGCUGAGCUUGAGGCAGCCAUAAGGAGAGCGACAAUAGCACAGAAGUUUGUUCCUGUUUUUAUGGGCAGUGCUUUCAAGAACAAGGGAGUUCAAACACUUCUUGAUGGUGUUCUCAAUUAUUUACCUUGUCCAGUUGAAGUUAGCAACUAUGCGCUGGAUCAAACAAAGAAUGAAGAGAAGGUUACAUUAACCGGAAGCCCCACUGGCCCUCUGGUUGCCUUGGCAUUUAAAUUAGAGGAAGGGCGUUUUGGUCAAUUGACCUAUUUAAGAAUCUAUGAAGGUGUCAUCCGGAAGGGCGAUUUUAUAAUCAACGUGAACACUGGGAAGAGGAUUAAGGUUCCUCGUCUAGUCAGAAUGCAUUCAAAUGAGAUGGAGGAUAUCCAAGAGGCUCAUGCCGGGCAGAUAGUUGCUGUGUUUGGUGUAGAUUGUGCUUCAGGGGAUACUUUUACUGAUGGAUCAGUUAAAUACACCAUGACUUCUAUGAAUGUCCCUGAACCAGUGAUGUCAUUAGCUGUUUCACCGGUUUCUAAAGACUCUGGUGGUCAAUUCUCAAAAGCUUUAAAUCGCUUUCAGAGGGAGGAUCCUACAUUCCGUGUGGGUUUAGAUGCUGAGAGUGGUGAGACAAUCAUAUCUGGCAUGGGGGAGCUGCAUCUGGACAUAUAUGUUGAGCGCAUCCGAAGGGAAUAUAAGGUUGAAGCUCAGGUUGGAAAGCCUCGUGUAAACUUCAGGGAAACCAUCACCAAGAGAGCAGAUUUUGAUUAUCUACACAAGAAGCAAAGUGGUGGGCAAGGUCAAUAUGGUAGAGUAAUUGGGUAUGUUGAACCUCUCGAACAAGGGUCAGGCAGUAAGUUUGAAUUUGACAACAUGCUUGUUGGUCAAGCUAUACCAUCAAACUUCGUCCCUGCAAUUGAAAAGGGUUUCAGGGAGGCUGCCAAUUCGGGUUCUCUGAUUGGUCAUCCAGUUGAAAAUAUCCGUGUUGUUUUGACGGAUGGUAACUCACAUGCUGUUGAUUCAAGUGAACUUGCGUUCAAAUUAGCUUCCAUUUAUGCUUUUAGACAGUGUUAUGCUGCAGCAAAGCCUAUCAUAUUGGAACCUGUGAUGCUGGUGGAAAUGAAAGUCCCAACAGAAUUUCAGGGCACUGUUACUGGGGAUAUAAAUAAGAGGAAAGGUGUCAUAAUCGGCAAUGACCAGGAAGGAGAUGACUCUGUAAUUACUGCCCAUGUCCCUCUCAACAACAUGUUUGGGUACUCAACGUCUCUACGAUCAAUGACACAGGGAAAAGGUGAAUUUACAAUGGAAUACAAAGAACAUGCACCUGUUUCAAGUGACGUGCAAACACAACUGGUUAACACAUACAAGGCCAGCAAAGAAAGUUGAUUAUAUGGUGUGCCUUUGAAGCUGCUCCUACACUUACAUCCUGUCUAAUAAUUUCUAUAAAUUUGUCUCCUUGGGUGGGCAUGUUGUGAAAUCAUUAGGACCAGAACUGGUCUAUCAAUUUUGGUAAGCUGAAUAAGACAUCAACAUUCCAUUAUGUAUACAAAUAAUUAUUAUAAGUUGUGUAUCCCCCUUGAAAAAGAUUAACUGUACAUUGAUUUUACACGGAUUUCUCCACCUUGUCAAACGAAUAGCCUUACUGACA